UUGGAAAAUUACAAUUUACAAUUACAACCUGAAAGAUUUAAAAAUGAGUUACAAAAUAUCUUAUUCCAGAUAUUUUGACUCCGAUACAUAUACAUCACAGACUUCAUUAUACAAACCCCAAACCUGCUCCUGCUAGAAAGCCCAAAGAAGAUCCGCUCACAUCCAUCAGCGCAGCCAUCACGAUCCCAGCCAUGACCAUCUCCACUGGUAUUCCCAUAUCGGACAGAAAACUCCAUGCGCCAGUCAGUGUGAUGAGAGCAGAGAUGCGUUCAACUGCAGCUUCCACAUGUUCUCUUAUCUUCUGACCUAUAAGAAAGGCUACAACACUUGAUAUAAAGGCCGAUACAGUUGCUCCAGCUGUUACUGCCACCACUCCUGCGGCUUCACCCUCCUCGUCCAUCAGCCACACAGCUGCGACUGCGCUCGCAUGUCCAACAGCUGCCAAUAAUACAAGAGCAAAACUGACUCCAGUUAACCCCACAGACUGAACACCAGACCAUAUUAAUGACAAACCAGUUUUUCCAAAAGUUCCGUAAGUAAAGGCACAGCUGAGCACCAGUAGGAGAACUGGAAUCCCAACGGCACUUAAAGCCCCGGCCAUCUCCACAUCACUUGAAAAUUCUUCGUCCAUAGUUACAACCUAAAGAAACAGUUCAUGGAAAUUCAACAUUGCAAAUAUGUCCACAACAUGCAUUUCCGUCAAACGUGUGUUUGAGUUAUGUGCAUGCCAUCUACCAUUUAUUAAAGAAUGUGUUCUGAUAUUCCUAAAAUAAACAGACAAACACAAUGCAACUACAAACAUAACACUUGGAUGCAUACAUGUUCAUAUUUACUAAUGUUUAUAAGCACUUCUUCUGCCAAUGAAUAGUCAUGUACAUAAUUCUUCAAUACUGCCACCUGUUGCUUUGGAGCGAGAGAACAAGUUUAGUACGCAUGUCUAUUGGUCAAAUGUGAUGUUCUAGUGUACUGUAUAUAUAUUUGUGGAAUGUGUAGGCGCUUGCGUAUGUGCAUGGCCAUGGCUCGUAUGUGUGUGUGUAGGCGCUUGCAUAAGUGCAUGGCGUAACUGUGUGUGUUUGUGGUCAUUAUUAUGUGAUGAUAUUUUCAGUGGGUCAGAUGCUAAUCGACUCCCACAUGUGAAAACAAAGAAAGUGUUUCUAUAAACACAGACGACACUUCAGUCACAUCAUAUCAGACACGCACACAGAUGCUGGCCGACCACUAGGAGGAACCAAAAAUUUCCAAAGUUUCUCCGGAUCUGAACAUUUACAAAGAAAAAAACGUCUUUAAGAAAUAAAGGAGCAGCAUAACAUACAGUAUCUUCUCUUGCGGUCAUGGCAAACACUGGUCUUCAAAUGCUGGGUCUGGUCCUGGUCAUCGCGGGCUGGGUGUUUGAGAUUGUGGUCAUUGCCGGUCCUUGGUGGCGCGUGUCUGCGUUUGUGGGGGAUGAGCUGGUGGUCUCGCAGGUGUUGUGGGAGGGGCUUUGGAUGACCUGUUUAUCACAGUUGGGGCGUCUGCAGUGUAAAGCAUUUGAUUCUGGCCUCGCCCUCUCAAGCUCCGCCCAGAUGUGCCGCACCCUCUGCAUAUUGUCCCUCCUCCUCUGCCUCCUUGCCUUUCCGCUCAUCGUGACAGGCCUGAAGUGUACGCGCUGUCUGGGCGACGCUCAAGAGCCAAAGGCUCGGCUGGUGAGGACUGGGGCGAUUAUGUUCCUUGUGGCGACCUUUUUCUUUCUUAUUCCCAUCUCUUGGACUGCAUACGUGGUGAUACGAGAUUUCUACGACCCGAACGUCGCCGCCCCGUUCAAACGUGAACUGGGACCCGCCCUCUAUCUGGGAUGGGCUGUGACCGUGCUGAUGGUGGUGGGAGGGGCUGUGAUGUAUUUGGGCUCCGUCUCUCCAGGAACUCCAGCCAUGCCUGUUUUUGGAAAAGGGGGGAAAGGGAAUCCCCCGGCCACAGGUGCAGAGAGUAAACCAGAGAAGGUUUUUGUAUAAGGGAGCGUCGAGGAAUAACGGAUAUCAAAUACCUUUUUACAGCAUUCUUUGAAAUCUGUUUUUCCAAGACUGCACAUAAAUACCUUUCUAAAAUAAUUUAUAUUUUUUUCACAUGUUGAUGAUGUCAAAGGUCCUGCGUCUAUGUUUGGGUUAUAAAAGUAACAGAAUUACACUAUUUAACAUAUAUGUUUGAUGGUAAAUCACACUUCGGUUAAGCUUUGCAAAAUUUGGUAUUCAUUUGUAGUCAGCAUGACGUAACCAACAAAAUGUCACUUUUUUGUCUCCAUUAAAACAAUAAAAACAAUAAAUGUAUGAUGUAUAAAUGUCAUCAGCACAAAAAAUUACUUUGGAAAAAUUACUUUUAGAGUUGCAGCAAGUUUUUGUUUUUGAGGAAAAUGUGUAAAAAUGACUUUUUACGCAGUGACAUGCAUCAAUUGUACACAAUGAGACCAUGAACAUGUAUUAAGAAAGUAAAUGGGCUAUUUUUAUUUAUUUAUUUUAAGAUCUAUCAUUCAUUCAGUCUGAUUGUAGUAUAAUACAAUCUGUUUUGUAUCCUUUGUUCAGUGCUCAAUAUAAUCAGCAAUGCCAUUUUUUACCAUCAUAAAAUAAUUAUUUAUGUUUGUGUACUAUUUGUCUAAUAAAGCUAAUGCAUUGUGACAUUGUGGAAUAUGUUUACGCAUGUCGACUGUACGUGAAUGUGUGGUGCGUUGGCACACAACACAAUAGCAGAAUACAGGACAGGCACAAUGAACACAAUGUGACACAAUGUGUCCACUGUGUUCCAGAAGCCUAUUACGUCAUAAUGGAGGAGGAAGUUUGGAGUAUGUGUUUCACGGACCUCCUUUAAAAUCACCGUUACCAUGACUACAUGAGGAGGAGGAAUUCAAACUGUUGAACAACUGUACUGUACACGAGAUGUCCACAAGAUGGCAGAGUCGGCCAGACUCAAGCGUGCACAUUCCACGUAUGAACUUUGUGUCUGAAAGGACAACAAUAGAAUAACAACAAACAAUAAACCUUUUGGUUUUUUUAUCAACUAAAUAGACUACUCGAUUUUAAGCACCUGGCAUUUAUUUACACUUUUAGUUUGUCUCUCCUACUGUGAUUUUACACCCUAGUGUAGUGAUGCAUGAAGGGUGUACUGUCAAUUGCCUGUAUUAAGUUUCAGACUUCUGGCAAAUAUUUGUUCGUAUAAAGUCAGAAGACAAAAGACAGCCUUGCAGAUGCACCGUGCAAUGGGAUCAAUUCUAAGACAAACAUUGUGUAUUUA